CGGGCAGGGCAGCCCGGGCGCCGCUCCGGUGCCGGUGCCGGUGCCGGUGCCGCACCAUGCGCGGGGCCGGGGCUCGGCCGGAGCUCGCCCGUCCCGCCCGCGGCCCCGGCGGAGGCGCAGCGCGGUAGCGCCCGGUCCGAGCCAGCCGCGGGGCUCCGCGCUCGCCGCCGCCGCGGGCAACUCGCGGGCGAGUUCGGGCGACUCGCCCGGCUCCGGGGGAGCCGCGGGGGCAGCGCCCGGCCGGGGGUGGCCGGAGCCGCCGAGCCCCCGGAGCGGGCGGGGCCCCCUCGGCCGCGGCAACAGGUUCCGUCCCUCGGCAGGGAUGGCAGAGCGGGAGCGGCCGGCAUUCCCCGCCGGAGCCGGGCCGGCCGCGCCGCCAGCAGCGGGAGGGGCUCGCCUGCUCCCCGGCACCGCUCGGCUCGUUCGUGCCCUGGCCCGGCCCCGCCGCGGAGGAGGCUGACGGCGCUCCGGGCGCAUCCCGCCGCUCGCUGCUGCUGCUCCGGCUUCCCCCGGCCGGCUCUGCCGCUCCGCGCUCCGGGGGCUCUCAGCGCACCAUGGAGGCUCGCCUCGCCACUUUCUGCCGCCUUGCCUGAUCUGAAGGUAUGUGCCACUCCUGGUGUGGUUUAUAAACCCAGCUUCUGAAAAGGAGGGUUCUGUGGCUCAGCAAGUGGCCCUAGCAGGGGUUGUGUCCCUGGGUGCACAUCCAAGGGGAGUUCCAGAAGACACUUGCAGAAGCAGCGGAGGGAUGCAAAGUUGUCUUCCAAGAUGACUCUUAUGCCUGGAGAAAAUUCCGACUAUGACUAUAGUGCCCUGAGCUGUACUUCAGAUCCUUCCUUCAACCACACGUUCUUUCCAGAAUCUGAAACCCUCAAGGGAGUGUUUUACCAAAGAGCCAGGCUAAUCCACCCUCAGGAGGAUCUCCUCAAAGGCUUCCACCCCGACGACCGCAAGCGUCACAUCAUUAUCAACGUGGGGGGCAUCAAGUACCUGCUCCCCUGGACCACGCUCGAUGAGUUCCCCCUGACACGUUUGGGACAGCUCAAGUUCUGUACUAAUUUCGACGACAUUCUGAACAUCUGUGACGAUUAUGAUGUGACGUGCAAUGAAUUCUUCUUCGACCGCAACCCGGGGGCGUUCAGGACGAUCCUGACCUUCCUGCGGGUUGGCAAACUCCGGCUCCUGCGGGAGAUGUGCGCGCUGUCCUUCCAGGAGGAGCUGCUCUACUGGGGCAUUGAGGAAGACAACUUGGACUGGUGUUGUAAAAGGAGAUACCUGCAAAAAAUGGAGGAGCUCACAGAGAUUAAUGAACGGGAGGAUGACCUCCUAGAAAAUGAAACAACAGGUGAAACAGUAGAGGAGACAAAAAUUGGUUUGUGCAUGAAAAAGUUGCAAGACAUGGUGGAAAGGCCCCAGUCUGGCCUUCCUGGAAAGGUGUUUGCGUGUUUGUCUGUUUUGUUUGUAACUAUUACAGCAGUGAACUUAUCCAUCAGCACCAUGCCUGACCUGAGGGAGGAGGAGGAAAAGGGUGAGUGUUCCCAGAUGUGCUACAACAUUUUCAUUGUGGAGUCCGUGUGCGUGGCAUGGUUCUCCCUGGAGUUCCUGCUCAGAUUCAUCCAGGCCAGGAGCAAGUUCGCGUUCCUGCGGAGGCCGCUGACGCUGAUAGACAUAAUCGCCAUCCUGCCCUACUACAUCACCCUGCUGGUGGACACGGGCUCCGAGGGCUCCAAGAAGCCCAGCUCGGGCAACAUCUACCUGGACAAGGUGGGGCUGGUGCUGCGGAUCCUGCGGGCGCUGCGCAUCCUGUACGUGAUGCGGCUGGCGCGGCACUCGCUGGGGCUGCAGACGCUGGGGCUGACGGCGCGCCGCUGCACGCGCGAGUUCGGGCUGCUGCUGCUCUUCCUGUGCGUGGCCAUCGCGCUCUUCGCGCCCCUGCUCUACGUCAUCGAGAACGAGAUGGCCGACUCGCAGGAGUUCACCAGCAUCCCCGCCUGCUACUGGUGGGCAGUCAUCACCAUGACCACCGUGGGCUACGGGGACAUGGUGCCCAGGAGCAUCCCCGGGCAGGUGGUGGCCCUGAGCAGCAUCCUGAGCGGCAUCCUCCUCAUGGCCUUCCCGGUCACCUCCAUCUUCCACACCUUCUCACGCUCCUACCUGGAGCUGAAGCAGGAGCAGGAGAGGAUCAUGUACAGGAGAGCGCAGUUCUUACUGAAAGCCAAGUCUCAGAUGAGCAACGAGUCGCAAGGCAGCGAGGUUUUGUUCACCACUCUCUCUUCCGAGACUAGGGACAACGAAUGAAAUUUACGUUCCCGUUUCUCUUGCUGUCAUUGUAUCAGAUUCCAGCUUUUAAUUCGCUCUGGAAGCACCUUACAAAGGUAAUCCCCAUAUUAAAACGAAGAGAAGGGGCUCUAACCAGGACCUGAUGUGGUUUAAGAAGUCUGUUAUUAUGCUGUUCCUUCCCCCCCCAUAUAAUGUAUAGGGCAGAAUUUUCACUGAGAUCAUGCAGUGGGAUUUAAGGAAUUAAAACUUCUCUGGCAACAAAACAAAAAAAAAAGAGCAACAUAUAAUUAUGCACUUGACAGGCUGUUUUGCCAUUUGUAAUACACAUUUUUCCAACCGAAUCACAAUGUACAUAAUCAUUAAACAGGCUACCAUUUUUCUCAUUCCUCUUGUACAUAAAUAAUGUAAAUACAUCAGAAUUAAUGGCUAAAUUGUCUCCCAGUAACACGCCUUAGAGCGUAAUGGAAAUAACCACAGAUGUUUGUCCCAUUGUGCUUUUAAAAAACGUCAAGUGAGAUUCAUCACUCAGCACAGAACCGGCUCUUUCUGUGCAAGUCAGCCCUAGCCACGGCAGAACAGAAGAAUCGAGCUGUUUAUAGCCUAACCUUGCUAAAGAUGUAAAUACUCAGAGCUCACCAGCCUCAAAAUUUAAUUGAUGUUACAGCAUUGAUCCGAUGCCAUCGAAUGCAACAUUCCAAGGAACAAAGCCUUGGAGUUUUGUAGCACUUAAUGUCGUUAUAAGAGGUGACUAGCUGCAAACCCAGUGAAAUAUGCAUGAGGAGAUGCCAGCCUUCCCCACCAUCUGUUCCCAGCUUCACUCUCCCUCAGCUCUGAGAGGGAACUGGAGAGGGCAGUCUCCAGGGACCCCAGCACUGCUGGGCAAACUGGGGCCACCCCUUCCCUCGAGCUGUCGCUUCUGUGGCAGGAGCAGGAGCUCUGUGCCCGUGGGAAGCUGCCAGUGAGGGAAGAAGAAAAUCAGAUUUGAGUGAUGGAGGGGCACACAGAGAGCUCUGUCCUUCACUGUCCUCCAUCAGGAGGGAUGGCACGGGAUUCACUUCAGCUCUGCCACCACUACACACCUGGUGGCAAUGGGGAAGGUGUUAAAUAGGACAGGAAGAAGCAAUGAACACCCUAAAGCACAGCAGGGAUUGUUCAUCUUGGUCCAGGCUCUGUGCUGAGUCAGGGGAGCACAGGGACACUCGGGUUUGGUGUCUGUGCACGUUCAUGAUACCCCCCUUAUUUUAGAGGGAGUGACCCUGACUUGCAGAACAGCUCAGGAGAAAAAACUCCAGAACUUCAAAAAUAAUAAAAUCCACUUGUUUGAUUCCAUGUGUGCUUACAGGUAAAGAAAAGUUGAUUUAAAGAGUUUCACCUAUUUCCACUCUUUUUCAGUAAAAUGACUUCCUAGCAGUUAAGAGCCUGGGGAAUUUCGAAGUCCCCAUCACACUGACCAAUGCUUCUUUGUCUUAAUUUUCAGAAAUACUAUUUCUUAUUGGCAUUUCUGGAGCAGGCUGCAAGAAAUGUCAGAAUGCAUAAUGGUUUAUGGUUUAAAUGAAGGCCAAGGACGCAACACUGUCCUUCCAAAAAAAAGUAAAUUCGGUUUCUCAGGCUGUGCUGUUUGGCCAAACCUACAGCACGCUGAUUUUCUGUUCAAAUGUCUUUAAAAUACAAUUUGAAGCAGUUCUGAUGUGCUUGUUCCUGAAGGAGAACUCCAAAACUUUUUAAAAUGCACUUUACAAAAAAUUAGGGCUCUAGCAUUCUCCAGCCUGUGGUAGGGAAAUGUGCCUAUGGAACAUUACUGCAGAGUGCUAAAAUAUCCAGUCUAAACUCUUGGCAAUUAACUCUGUGCCAAAGCUGCAAAUGAACCAGCUUCUCACUCUUGUUCUUCAUCUUUAAUUAGAGUUGGACAAAAAACAGGAACAUCGUGACAAAAAAUUCUUCUCCCCAUUUUUUUUCAAAUUUCAGAGCUGUUUGAUCAUCUGGAGCAUUGGCUCCAGCACAAGUGCUGUGCAUCCUCUACCUUUGUGUCAGCAUUCGUUAUAAAAAGAACUGGUAAUUAGAUUAGUCCUGUGAGCAACAGUUGCUUAUCUAAGAAUGUGUUUGACAGGCUGAGCCAUAAAUAAGGAGCUGUACGUGAAUAUAAGGAGAAAUCAAGACUUACCAAAUAAAACCUAAGCUCAUUUCCAUGUUCUGCUAGCUAAUAAAUGCUGUAGGGCCAUCCAUUUUCUCACUGUCUUUGCAUCAGUGCUCAUUUAUUUCAUGUAUCAUUUAAUUUUUUUAUCCCACAACCAGAGCUUGAUUCUAAAGCCCUUAUCCAAUAAAAAUAAAAUAAAAACAUCACCCUGG